AGAGAGAAGAUGAGGGAAAGUAAGCAGAGUAAACAAUCAGGCGACAAUCCUAAGGUGAAGGAACGCCGGAGCCUUCCUCCAGCUCAGAGGCCGUACCUGACAGCAGUAACGGAAUCAACCAGAUAUCAGGCAGCUUCAGAUUCGGACUUGAGUAGGCUAGCCGUAUUCAGCCAUUAUCUAUACAGGAACCUACAUAAGUAGGAAAGCUCCAAGUCAAGUUCGAGCAUGAAUUCUCCGUUGCAGCUGGCUGAGAGGAUGGGCUGGUGGACCGGGGGACAUCUGGAGCUGAAGCAGGCAUCACGAAGGAAUUUGGAAGGAGAAUGAGCGCUCGUCAAUGGCUUUAUUUGGCAUGCGUGUCAGCUUCUCCUAUACAUCGACCCCUUGGAGAUGCUGCAAAACCACGAGACAAGACAUUUGUAUAAAGAACCCUGGAGCAAGGGACGGUGUAUAGUAUUUCUCCCAUCAAAUCCCGUCUAUCCACUGACAAUGAAACUCAUCUGGUGCAGCCUUCUCGGCCUCUAUCUCGGACGGUCCCAUGCCUCUCCCACACCCCCCAGCGAGGACUCCUUCUACAGACUCCCCGCCGACUACGAGACCAAACCACCAGGCCACAUCCUCGAUCAUCGCCCCCUCCCACACCCCCUGAAAGACCCAUUGCCCUCAUUCUUCGAAACAGGCCACCAGAUCAUCUACCGCACCACCGACAGCUUCGACCAGCCCACCGCCUCCCUCGCCACCCUCCUCAUCCCCCCCAACGCCAACCUCAGCCGCAUCCUCGCCUACUUCCCCGUCCAGAACUCUGCGAGCAUCGACUGCUCACCGUCCUACGUCAUCGCCGACGGCGUCAACGAGGAGAAAACCUCCGACCGCGUCAUCGAGCUCGUCCACACCAUCGUCCUGGCAGGCGCCCUGAACCAAGGAUGGCCCGUGAUCAUGCCCGACUACGAGGGUUUCGGCGCCGCCUUCAUGGCGAAUCGGCGCGGCGCCUUUGCCGGGCUGGAUAGCAUCCGCGCCGCCCUCGCUUCCUCCCCCUUCACACACAUCUCCGCCGACGCGGUCGCCGUGAUGAUGGGAUACUCGGGCGCAAGCCCCUCGACCGUCCUGGCGGCGGAGUUUCAGCGGAGCUAUGCACCGGAGCUGAAGAUCGAGGGCGUGGCGACGGGCGGGAUCCUGAUGAAUCUGACCACCGUGCUGGAGCUGGCGAUCCCGGCGCCGAACAACCUCCCGCCUGCGCUGUGGGGUCUCGCGAACGAGUAUCCGCCCAUCAACCGGGUCGUGCAGGCGCAUCUAGCAGCAGCCGGCGGGGGUGCGGAGAAAACGGCGGAGUUCGAAGCGGCGCGGGACCAGUGCGCCGGCGCAUUGAAGGAAAACUUCGGCACAGCCAACAUGUCGACGUAUUUCGACAGCCUUGACUUCCUCAACACCUCCGCGGUGACGCGCAUCUUGGACGAGAAUAGCCCCGGCCAGGGCGUCCCUGGCGCGCCGGUCCUGGUCUACGAGAGCACGCACGACGACAAGUCGCCCAUUGGGGACGCGGACGCGCUCGUCCGCAACUACUGCGCCGCCGGCGUGCUGGUCGACUAUAGGAAGUAUAAGGUGGAGUCGCACACGGCGUUGUCUGUGGAUGGCAUGUUCGCGGCGCUUGUGUGGGCCAAGGAGCGAUUCGAUGGCGUGUCUAUGGGCGAGGAAUGUCGCACGUCUGAUCACUUCUCGGCCCUGGGGGCGGAUGCGGCGGCGUUUGUGCCGGAUGCGUUGACGGGGUGGGUGGAUAGACAUUUGGGUACUAAUUUGGGUGCAGCCUUGUAGAAGGAAAUUUGACUGAUAGCAUGGAUAGUCGUGAGUUGGACUGUUGGCAGAGGCAGGUUCAACAGGGGAAGAAAACAGCGGGGGGAAUAAACAACCUCCAUUCAAGAGGAGGAAGAGAAGAAUAGACUUGAAAUACAAACGAUAUUCAUAAAUG